ACCGCACGCCCUUCUACUCACGCGAAUGUAUCAUCUUCACAUUCGGACAAUAAUUCGCGUAUAAAAGUGUGCCGCACAAAUUUUGUUAUUAUUAUUUAUAGAUUUUAAUCACAGUUUAAUUUAUAAAAAUGUGUUCAAAAAGUUUAUCUAUUUACAUAAAUUUGGCACUCGUAGCGUGCUACGUGGUUGCAGAUUGUGGUCCACGAUUAAAGUAUGCGUGGGGUGAUGCGCUACAAGGAACAGAUUGUCCAGGCCCAGAUGGAACACCCUACCCAAGGCACUUAGUGAACAGAGCUCUGAAGUCAGGUCCAUGGCAGUCUUCAAGGCAAGGUCGAGGACUGCGGACGGUGGAUCCUGCCCUCAUGAGGCGAGCGCUACUCGACGCACACGCCGGUUACUCAGAGGGUGUACCUACGCAAGGCAGCAAUAGAACCGGUCGCUCCUCAAACCUGCCCGGUCUGUCGCCGGCGCCAACAAACUCGUGUGGCGGCACUAGAUUAUGCCGGACGAGGUACAACACUACCGCUCCUAUGUACGGAGUGUCUCUAACUUCGGGACAGCCCGUCACUAUAGUGCAGAAGUUCCCUGACUUAUUGCAGCAAGUCGUCUUUGAGGUUUGCGAGUCAAGUGAGUGCUCCCUAGUAAGAGGGACCUGUUCACAGACGUACGUGCCCUACCUCUUCUUGGUUCUUCCACUCGGACCAGUGACGCUAACAGGUCAAGACUACGUGCUCGUAGAGUCUGGGUGUGUCUGUAGACCAGACCCGGUGCCAUAGACACAUAGACCAUAGACCAUUCGCUGUAGCAAAGUAUUAAAAAAAAAUGAUCCGUCCA